AUGGGAAAGAAACGACAACGGAAAGGAGACACCAAAACAACCGCAAAGAUCAAGAGUGCGAACACUCCUCCCCAUUCUUUCCAAAGUGUAGAAUCGAAGCCUUCAAAUCCCCAAUAUCCACUCCCAUUUCCAAAGAACCUACCAAUACCAUCUGACGAUUUUCUGAAGAAUGCGAAGCCGUACAAGGAAUCCUUUCGACAAGCAUUAGAGACAUCGUAUGAAGGUUUUGUUGUUGAUGAGUCGAUAUAUGAUGAGCAACGUGCUCAAAACUAUCUUCAGCAGAUGCUGGACGACAAAUUGUUUCGACGGGAUGUGACACAACCCUUUGGACUCGGAACGAAAUGUGCCAAGACAUAUGUCACAAGGUGCGUCCUUGGAGAACAAGGGACAACCUAUAAAUACCUAGGAUUAAGAAUGUUCGCUCAUCCCUGGGACAAUACAGAGAUCCAAAAACUAGGGGCAAAACUGACACAACGAACACAACACCACCUAAAGGAGCUCAGCGAGCUUCGAGCUCAACGGAAUGCCCCGGCAACACGAGGAAGAUCCAACUUUGAUAUCUGUCUCAUCAAUCGAAUGGAAGCCUACGAUGACCUGAAGCCUGAACCCACCAUGGGGAAUAUGAAAGCAUCCGUUAGCUGGCAUGCUGACUCCUCGCUGGAGCAAUACUCUACGAUUGCUGUCUACCAAACACUGAUACCGCCAAAGAAUUCAACAUCAAAUAAUGAUGGCCAGUGGUAUGUGGCUUUGAGAGUGGCCCACGACUCGGAGGGUCCUCAGGCUUCAAGACGAGGGAAGGGCAUAGAAUCAUCAAUCAUCAAGGAGACACCUCCCAUAGCAGCUUCCCUUCCUUCAGGUUCUGCAUACUAUCUGUUGGAUGACUUUAAUCAUCACCAUCAACACACUGUACUAACUACUGGAGACAUCGCUUCGGCUGGAGUUCGCUAUUCUUGCACCUUUCGAUUACUCCGAGAUUCUCAUAAUGUGGAUUAUCACUUGCUUCGAUGUCAAACAACAUGUAGCAAUUUCCACAAGAAGGGAAGCAAGCUUUGGAGAUCGGAACAACUGUUGUUGACUGAGCUGGAGUCGGAAUGGAUCCGUCAGUUCUACAUUCAAGGCUCCCAACAUCUCGAACUCCUUUGGCCUGCAUGGAAGGAACCAAUGCAGAAGCUGCUCCGAUUUUGGACCCUUUUGGAGAAUCGAACACGUCAAGUCGUAACUCUCUUGAAAGCAGCAGCGGAAGAAAGGUGUGGAGUUGGAACUUAUUCCGAUAGAAAUGACGACAAACCUUCGAGAAAAGAGCGGAAAGCAAAGGAACGCCGAAAGAAAGCAUUGGCGUGCAUUGAAGAUUUGUUGACGCGGAGCUCGUUGGAUGAGCAUAGCGCUCUGGAGAACAUCUACGAGCCUCUUGCGGAGGUAAUAAACGAACGAGCUGUGAUGAGAGAACUUUGGCAAAAGCGGGAAAAGGAUCAUGUGUUUCGAGAACUCGGACCUGAGUGUCGGCCGAUGGAUGUGCCGUUCCAAUUCAAUGUUCCAGAAGGGACGAAACAAGUCGAUGAAUAUGGAAUGUCCCCAAUAGAUGGCACGCCGAAUGGUUUGAAACAGAUCAGCGAAGACCUGCGAGUAGCUGGACGUGCCUAUCUGCCUCGAAAAGCGAGCGACCUACCAAAGCCAGAAGAAAACCAAGACAGCGAAAGCACAAAGGAGUCGAACGACCAUGCCAAGGGAUUGGACUGGGAAGGUUGGGCAACAUCCAACUUUUGUCUCGAAUUACAAGAACCGUGGGCCCUGGCUGUAGUCCAAGGAAAGAAGCCUAUCGAAACGAGGGCGUACACACUGCCCCUAGCUUUGAUUGGGAAGCGCAUCAUGAUCCUUCAGUCACCAGCAGGCAAGGCUGGAGUAAGCAGCAUGAGUGAUGUGAUUGAUAUAUCAGGCUCCAAUUCGAUUGGCCCAAGAGUGAUUGGAUGGUGCGAGUUCGGCUCGGUCAGGGAAUAUACGAAUCAAGAAGACUUUGAAGCGGACGAAAAGUUGCACUUAGUGACUCCCGAGAGCGGUUAUGGAUGGAAGAAGGACGAGACAAAGGUUGUAUAUGGGUGGGUUGUUUCUAAGUACGGUGAAAUCAAAGAUAGCGAGGACAGCAUAUACAUCUCAGCAACUCGACGGAUGCGGUCUUUAUUUCAGCUUCGUGCAAGAGAAACAAAAAAGGAUGGAAAACCGAAUGGAUCGACGAAAAAAAACCGAAACGGCCAAGAUAAGAACCAAAAGAAAAAGAGACGACGGUACUAA